UUUUAUGUGUCAUUCUCUUUGUCCAGUAUAUUUAUGGUAGUUUACGUCCUUUCAAUCUUCAUUGGUUAUCGUAAAGAUCUCGAAAAGAUGCAAAGAGGAGACUACACAUUCUUGCCAAUGAAACUCAGAAAGAGUUUAAAUGACAAUCUAGUUGCAGCAAGUUUACGCUAUUCGGGUACACAGAUUGCAUACUUAAUAUGGUGUUACUUAUUACUUCUUCUGAUAGUAUUGAUAGCAUGCAUUGCGAUUGCCUACAUUGUAGUUUUGCCUCUAAUGGGAAAGGUCCCAUUUUCGUUUUUCAAUCCAGUUCUUAUUUUUCUACCAUUGAUGCUAAUGAAUUUCGGCUUUAAAAAACUGCAAAUCUUCUUAUCAAGAAGAUUCUUUCUACAGGAUUUUUCUGUCAUGAUGCCUAAAGGGUUAAAGACUCAGAAAGCGCUUGCGUUGGAUAAUAUAAAAGUGUUCAACAUAUUGUCCUUCUUCAUGUUCUUCUUCCACGUCAUCAUUGGAGUUGUUGGCUGUCUUAGUCGGAUUAUGAUUGGUCUCGCUAUUGGUUUAAUAUCCCUUGCCAGGUUAGAUAGGUGUAUGCUUCCGAUGGGAUUUGAGAAGUUUGACAAAGGUUAUUCGACUUAUCUUGGUAUGUUAAUGGUAGAAGUUCAUCACAGAAAUCCAGUUGCGUCAGUAUUUUGUAACGAAUUACUACUUAUCAACAAAGAAAAAGGGUGUGCUAAUGUGUUACUAACACCUGUCAAUGACAAACGCGGAAAUGUCGAAACAAAAAGCCAAAAAUACAGACGUAUUUGCCGUAAAUGGGCUAAGCUAUACACACUCAUUAACAACCCAUCGGUCAGACGUAGUUAUGUGGAUCGAAAAUCAGAAUGUUCAAUCGAACAUGUCGAAAUCGCCAUGUAGUUGAAAGAAGGAAGUUCAUAAAGGAGUGGAAUUGUUGUAAUUUGGAAAUGGUCGU